AUGCCCCCAAUACGUUCACCCACUGUAAGGCAUUCAGCAUGCCUCAAGCAGCUUUCCAAAAUAUCUGCUGGUCUAAAUAUGAGUGAACUACCACCACCACCACUGCACCGCUGCCACAACCACCACAACCACCACAACCACAACAACCUUUGGAAUCUUUGCAUAGCAGGGGGAGGGCUAGGGCUAGGGGGAGAAUCCCCCCAACAUCAAUCUGCAACCGAUCUGGACAACAACAACACUACAGGCCCUGAAGAUUGGCCUAUAACUCAUGAGGACAACACCAGCUUUGUCCCCACCAAGAUCAGGUGGGACACCACCAAUUUUGACGGCACUACAAUCCUCGUAUCCUGGCUUGCCGCACAUCCAGCUGACUGUUGCGCAAGAGUAAAGCCUGAUAUCUACCUUGUAAUCGCCAGACAUGUAUUCGAAAAUGACCCAACAUAUGGGACCCGGUACACUGUAGAAGGGAACCAGCCAAAGUUUGGACAAGCCAUUGCCAAUUGUCUUGCAUAUCUCAGGGGGAAGUAUAAGGCUGCAACUGAUCGUUUUGGGAUGACUGGCGCUGGCGUCAACCCUCUUGACCCUCUAUCUCAAGUAAAUCUUCGAGGCAAGUUUUAUUUUAAAUUGUUUAAAUUAUCUGACCAAGCUAGAACCAUUACAGCGCAAGUAUUGUCUGAAUUUACCUGGUUCGAAGACCUGGAUGCACUGUGGAAGGACAAUCCUGCUUUUGCCCCAAAGACCUUCUCCUCCAUUCCUGGAAACGAUCGCACUGGUGCCCUCCAUGCGCUAACACAGCCUAAACACAAACAGACCUCUCACCCUACUGGCAAGCAGGUUGCCUCUCAUCCUGCAAAUUCCAGUGCCACUGCAGAUGAUUCCAUGGUGCGCUCACAAGCAAAGGGGAAAGGGAAGGCUCCAAAUUUUGAACCCGAUGAUGCCCCUCAUCCUACUGCCUCCCAAGAUCUUUCCAAUACCAACCCUAACCUCGAUGAUAUGGAUGCUGACCUCGAUGAUAUGUACACUGACAAUUCGCCUGACAAAGGCAUGCCCCCUGCUACCUUUAUUGGGGGGCACAACCCUCCAUAUGACCCUACAUACAACAACUUUGACCCUGCACUCGAGGAGCGUGACACCAGAAAUUGGGAUGAUGGUGCUGAGGAGUUGGAGAUGGAGGUGGAUAACGAGGAACAGGAUAACACUCAGUGCCCAAGCAAUAAACACCCACACCAAAGAUCCCCCUCACUAUCCCAUGCCUUCAAGCCAACACAUUGCACCCCGCAGUAUGAUCGUCGUGAAGCAGCCUUCACUGGCAAGUCUCACGUUGCUCGUUCCAUGGAUCAUGGCUCCCCUCGUGCAAAAAAGCCAGCAUCUAUGUCGUCCUUGUCGGUGAAUACCCCCAGCACGUCCACAUGGACGUUUGCUUCAUCACCCAGCAUGGUAUCACAAGACUCACAGACUUCACUCAGACCCGGCCGGAAAAAGGCUGCACACAAGUGCAGCCUUUCAGGGCAUGUUCAAUUGGGAACAUCAGAUGUGCUUGACCAAGUAAGCUCUCUCACCAACGAUAUGAGCUAUAUCUACUCUGCAAAGGAAUCUGCCUCUGAGUACAAAAUUGCCAAGGUCAAUGUGCUAUGCCAUGAGUGCAAUAUACAAUUCCAAUGGGAGCAGGGUGUAAUUGAGCACAGUGAAGCUGCUUCAGUGCACCAGUGGUCACAGGAGGCAAAGGCACUCGAGCUUCAUCUUCUCAAAGCCCAGGCCAAAGUUCAGUCAGAGAAGGCAGCGGCUCUUCACCUCGAAAUUGAGUUGAUCACUCUCAAAGAAGGGUCAUCAUCGAAAGAGACUUAA